AUGGCCUACCAGGUAUCUCCCGCUAUCUACCCAGCUUACACUCCCGUGGCUCCUCCCGCUUACACGCCUGUUCCGCCUCCUGUUUAUCCUACCUACACUCCUGGCUACGGUGCUAGCUCCAUCAAUUCCUCCGAGUCCAAGGUGCCUCACACUACCACCGCCUACGUCACUUCUGCGACGACUUUGACUUCCUAUGUCACCGCUCACCACAGCUCCUCUGCGGUUCCCGAAAAGUGCGAGACCGACAUUUUUGGCGCGGUGAAGAAGCUUCCCGAGUGUGUCCAAAGCGUGGUCUUGGAGUGCAUCUCUGGCAGCAAGUGCAGCCCUUGCGACUUCAGCUGCAUCUGCACCGACCUCCACACUCUGGACAUUGCCUCCAAGGUCAGCAAGGCCUGCACGAAGGAGGAGUACGAGGCCUACAUUGCCCAUGAGAAGAGCACUUGCGACGCUCCCAAGCCGUACCCCACCACGAUCAUUGUCACUCCUACUCCCGGUUAUCCCGUCACUGCCCCCGGUUAUCCCGUCACUGCUCAAGGUUACCCAAUCAAGAACACUACCGAGGAGCUGACCACCUACACCACCACCACCAUCUGCCCUGUCACCACCAACUACGGCGGCAAGGUUGUAACCACCCAGACGACCAGCACCAUCACUAUCACCUCUUGCAAGGCCGGCUGCACUGCACCUCCUGCGCCUCCCGGCCCUCCUGCGCCUCCCGGCCCUCCUGCUCCCCCGGCUCCUUACCCUAAGGGCAACAGCACCACAACCGUGACCUCUAUUGACAAGAUCACAUCCACUGUCCGUGUCCCCGGAAGCACUCCUGUCGCUCCUCCAGCCGGCCCCUCAGCUCCUCCCGCCGGUCCUCCCGCCGGUCCUCCUGCCGGUCCUCCUGCCGCUCCUCCUGCCGCUCCUCCUGCCGCUCCUCCUGCCGCUCCUCCUGCCGCUCCUCCUGCCGCUCCUCCCGCCGGUCCUCCUGCCGGUCCUCCUGCCGGUCCUCCUGCCGGUCCUCCUGCCGGUCCUCCUGCGGGCCCCUCAGCUCCUCCCGCCGGCCCCUCAGCUCCUCCCGCCGCUCCUCCUGCCGCUCCUCCUGCCGGCCCCUCAGCUCCUCCCGCUGCUCCUCCUGCUGCCCCUCCUGCCGCUCCUCCUGCUGCUCCUCCUGCUGCUCCUCCCGCUGCUCCUCCUGCCGGCCCCUCAGCUCCUCCCGCUGCUCCUCCUGCUGCCCCUCCUGCUGCCCCUCCUGCCGCUCCUCCUGCCGGCCCCUCAGCUCCUCCUGCCGCUCCUCCUGCCGGCCCCUCAGCUCCUCCCGCUGCUCCUCCUGCCGCUCCUCCUGCUGGCACAUCCGCCAAGUCCGGCAGCACACCCAGCGCGACCUCGCCAGGUAUUCCCGAGUACACCGGCGCUGCCGCCGCCAACGCGCCUGUCGUCCUUCUUGCCGGAGCCGUUGGUGUUAUGGGAUGGAUCUUCGCUGAGAUGUAA